CGUACGACUUCAAAUCGAAGGCGAGGAGGACGGAAGAGCUAUAAGUCGCGACAUUUCACCCUCUCGUUCUCAUAAACGUCGACUGGGACAUGAAGUCUGUGUUUGUGAUAUCUCUUGCUCUGUUGCUGGCCUUCGUGUCCGCCUCUGGCGCGUCAGCAGUUUGCAAAUGCGUCUACCCGUCUUCGUGCUGGCCCAGCGCAGAUGAGUUCGCAUCCCUGGCUACCAAGCUGUCGCAACCGCUUGUCUAUCCCAAGCCACCCGAGGCGGCAUGUUACCCUGCAAAUGCCACUUCCGUUUCUGUAGACUGUGCUACGGUCACCGAACACUACUACAAUGGCAAUUGGAGGGCUGACCAGAGCGGGGCCAUGCAAGGGCCUAACUUCGAGAUGUACAUCCAGCUGAACUCCAGUGGGCAGGGAACCCUAGAGGCGUGCUAUCUGAACAGCAGCCUCGGUAUACCUUGCGAGCAGGGCAAUGUUCCAGUCAUAGGGGUGGAUGCUAGAACGGUUGGUGACAUACAGGAAGCCGUCAACUUUGCUACUCUCCACAACUUGAAAGUAGUGAUCAAGAAUACCGGUCAUGAUUUUGUUGGCCGUAGCACGGCAAAAGGAUCUUUCUUGAUCUGGACUCAUAACAUGAAGAAUAUCACCUACGACGACGCGUUUUCCCCGCUUGGUGCACCGGCCAAUGAGACUUACAACGCCAUCACACUGGGAGCCGGCGUACAGUGGCAUGAAGCGUACGACGCUGCAAACGAACACGGUGCCCUUCUAGUCGGCGGCCUGGUGCCGGGUGGUUCAGUCGGUGCCGCCGGAGGAUGGCUCAUGGGCGGAGGACACAGUGCCUUGUCUCCCAGCUACGGCCUUGGUAGCGUUGACAAUGUAUUACAGUUCUCGGUCGUCACUUCAACAGGAGAAUCCCUCACUGUGUCCUCUUACUCGCAUCCCGACCUGUUCUGGGCGCUACGGGGCGGAGGCGGUGGAACCUUCGGUGUGGUCACAUCCGCCACAUAUCGAACUCAUCCUUCAGUGCCCGCUGCCACCGCUAUCUUGACAGCGAACGCCACCGAUAACGCCGUACUGGCGAAGCUGCUUUCGGAGUACAUCCGGAGGUCCCCCACUUGGUCGGACCAAGGAUGGGGAGGCUAUGGUACGGUCUUCGAUGGUACUCUGGAGAUGCUUCAUGUCGCUCCGAACGUCUCACUGGCCGCCGCAAACGCGAGCUACAGCUCAUUCUUCGAAUUCGCCCAGUCGCUGGUUGCCGAGGGUCUCAACUUGCAGACCACCGUAACCUUGUCGUACCCGACGUACUAUGAUUGGUACCAGACAUACUACAACACCAGUGAACAGGACCAAGAAACUGGCACAACAGUCUUGCUAGGGUCGCGACUGAUGACGAGGGAGGUGAUAGAGUCCAACUAUACAACCCUCGGUCAAUGGAUGGUUGAAGACUUUGUAUGGUCGCAGUUGGUACUUAUUGCUGGAGGCGCCGUCAAUCGAACUGACCCGGACGCCAUGGGUCUCAACCCGGCAUGGCGGACGGCGCUUGCGGAGGUUCUUACAGCAAUGUCGUGGCCCGACACAGACAAUGUCACAGAAAUCCAGAGUGCGAAAGGCACGCUGAAGGAAAUGGUCAGUGCAUUGGACAGUCUCAACCCAGGGUCUGGCGCAUACCUCAACGAGGAUUACCUGGAAGACAACUGGCAACACACGUUCUUCGGGUCGCACUACCCAAGACUGAAAGCUAUCAAGGCUACGUAUGAUCCUAUGGCUUUAUUCGUCGUACGGAAUGGAGUUGACUCAGAGGAUUGGGAUGCUGACCUGAUUUGUCCGGUGUGA